AUGAAUGCCGACGUAGGCAAGCUCAACGGCCUGGCACCACGGUCCUGCGAGCUAUGCCACAAGAAAGACAGCGUCGCCCGCUGCUCGGCCUGCCUGGCGGUUUACUACUGCGGGCGAGAAUGCCAGGUUAAAGACCGUGAUUUGCACAAGACGCCGUGCAAGCUAAUCAAAAAGGCGCGUCUUGUCUACGAGUUGGAGGAGAAGAGCCUUCGCGAGCUGCCAGGCGGGCUCUUCACCCCUGAAAACGUCUUCCAGAACUGUGUCGGCCGCUUCUGGGGCAUCUUGGAGACGCGUGCGUACAUGCGCGCGCGCUAUAACUUGGUGGACACGAUGCUUCUGAGCUACGGCACCGCCGGCGGGCCCGUAGACCUGGUGCAGAUAUCCCUCGAUCAUCUCCUGGACAUGAUGCGGCUUUGUCGCUCGGAUAACAUGGGCCUGCGUCAACUCAUACCCGCGCUGUACAUUCGACUCGGCAGGGACCAGGACGCCUACGACUUCAUGAAGUGGUACGCGACGACCGGGCACAAGGUGGAUUACGACUGGGGCAAUAUGGACGAGCCAUUCCUGGACACCAAGGGCGCCGACGUGCUGGAAGCGCCGGCGAAGAGCUGGAGAGGCGACUUUCUGGAACUGAGCCAUGUCGUGGCCGUGGUUCUCAUCAAGGUGCGAAUCAUGCUCGACCUCCAGGCGAUCCAGAAUGCCAGGAUUGCGCUCCGCGGCGUCAUUCCGGAAGAAAUCAUUGAGAUUAUCCGUGGCAAGCUGGUCAGCUCCGUUGUUUUGUCACGCCCUGAGAUACUCCUGGCCGGGCCGGAGGAGACGGCACGACUGGCUGAGAAAAUCAAAAACCAAAUCAGAGAACUGUACGAUGUAGUCGAGUCAUACAACUCGCACUUUUGGGACCUGCUGGUGGAGGAUCCUGACUCUGGUGUUUUACACAGACCUGCCGGAUACUCGCCAAAGUCGGCGGACGAGGCUUUGAUGGUGGUCGGAUAUAGCUAUGCGUCAUGGUAUGAGACGCCUGGAGCGGUGGACGUGCUUCGGAAUCUGAGCAAGCAGGGCUGA